UUGGGGUGUGUGCUGUGAUGUAACUGGAGGGUGGGUGGGGGCUUCUCUCCCUCCCCCAUAGAGCGCAGCAUGAGCGCUCCGCGGCAAAAAGGAUGUGUGAGCAGGCAGCGCGCUACUGUAGGGACGGAGUCCACAAACUGCUCAACAAAGAACAAGCCAAACUUCGCGCCCAGGAAAGCCGCGAGCAGCCGAUACCCGUAGCCGGUCAGGACAGCGAGUCCGCGACGGCAGCGCAGUCCGGAAACAGCGGCGCCCAGCCCGGUGGAAUCGACGGGCUCGUCCGCUGGAUCGUUACCAAAAUGAGCGACAACAAGAACAUCUCCAGCCGGGAGUUCGCCUCCAGUAAGGAGGAUGUGGCCGUGGCUCAGGAGCAGUUCUUCGCCCCGGAGCCCCGCCGAGGCAUCUCCGUUAUUCUGGAUAUAUUCAGAAGAGCCGACAAAGAUGAUGAUGGUAAGCUCUCUCUGGAUGAGUUCCAGGCUUUCUUCUCCGAUGGCACGCUGAACGAGGAAGAGCUGGAGAAGCUGUUUCACACCAUCGACUCUGAUAACACCAGUAAUGUUGACACUAAGGAACUCUGUGACUACUUUGCCAAGCACAUGGGGGACUAUGAGGGAGUUCUGGCCUCGCUGGAAACACUCAACCUUUCCAUCCUCAAAGCCAUGGACUUCACCAAAAAGGUUUACGAGAGAGGAACCAACGUAGAGCAGUUUGUGACUCGUUUCCUUCUGAAGGAAUCAGCCAAUCAGAUCCAGUCUCUUCUGAGCUCCGUUGAGAGUGCCGUGGACGCUAUUGACGAGCAGCACAGCCAAUCAGGUCAUCUCCCUGCCAAGGUGAGUCCACGGAUGUCAGAGAGGCGCAACGAAAACACUGUCCCUGACUAUCCCCCAAACAACAGAGUCAGUGCCAGAACCAUCAACACUGCUUCAGGCGCAGUAGAGGUGAGGAAAGAAGGUCUGGACGCUCAGAUCAACCGCCUGGCCGAACUGAUUGGACGACUGGAGAAUAAGACAGUCUGGUUGGAUCUGCACCAGAGGCUAACAGACACAGAUGGUACUACCAGCGCAUCCUUGCUGCUGAUUCGUCAGGAGAUGGUGGUUUCCCAGAAGAAGCUUGGUGACUUUUGUGAUGCUCUGAAGCAAUACCUGAAGAAUGUCUCCACGGAGAGAGACUGCUUUCAUGUGACUGCGGUGCGUCUGCCGGACGGUUUAUCCUUUGUCGUCUAUGAGUUCUGGGAUGGAGAGGAGGAGUGGAAGAGGCACCUCCAGUCGGCCCCCAACAAAGCCUUUCAGCAUGUGAAGGUGGACACACUGUGCCAGCCGGAGGCGAUGUCUUCUGUAGCCGUGCCAGCCGCCUGGUGCAGUGUGAACAGGGACUGAGCAUGAAGAUAUCGGACGACACGCCACGACUCCUG